CUCUAAGUGUUAAUAUUUAUUUAAGUUUCAUUAGAAACUGUAACAUAAAUAACAGCUGUGGCUGCUAGUUUAACAACCCAAAAAAAGACAUUUCCAUAGAAAGUCCAAACGAUUGUCUUGGGAAUUUUCUUUGUUACUCUAUUGUAGAAAAAUCAGUUUGUAUGGAGAGACGCUUGAAAGUAAAAUUCAUUGUUUGAAAUCGUGAAGCUAUCUUGUUAAAAUACGAAAAAAAGAAUCACAGCUAAAAGUUCAUUUUUGGGAUUGAUUCAGCAAAACAUGGCUCUAUACGACGAUUUGGAUACUAAACAGAAAACAGAUCAAAUUGAUGGCUGGUCGUCUGGGAUAAAACUCUUGCAAACGCAAUUAGCUGUAAAGAAAGUAGUGCCACAGCGAAAUAUUGCCCCUCGUAAGGCAAUCACAUUAGCCCCAGUUAUAGAUCUAAAAGCCAAAAAGGAAAUUUCGGAAGAAACGUUCAGUAAUACACAGAAUGAAGUACACCAGAUUUAUCCGUCACUGUUGAAAAACGUUUCACAAAAUAUCUUUGGACCAACUAAUCAAUCAAGAGAACGUUCAUCGGAUGGAGUAGAGUGGAACGUGGUGGAUGAAUAUGAUCCGAUAUGGCCAAAUGACUAUGAAAAACUUGUAAAAGUUAAGAGAGAUAAGGAAAAAGAAAAAUUAAGGGAACGAGAAGAACGAAAACGUGAAGAAAGGAAUACAAAACGUAAAGUUAGUGGAGUACCGAGGACUACAGCUGAAGAUGAAUCGCCUCCCGCAAAGUAUUUAGGCUUUGGUGGAAGACGACAUGCACACUCAGAUGAUGAAGAUGCAUGCAGUAAAUCACCGCCAACUGCUAGAGCAUCCUUAGGUGCUGCUAUUGCUCCACCACCGUCCUUACAGGAGAAUCUUGUAUCAGAAAAGUCAUCCGCUGGUAAUGUCACCUAUGGUACCAGCAGUGUUGCAGCAAAAAUAAUGGCAAAGUACGGCUUCAAGGAUGGUCAAGGAUUGGGCAAGCAGGAACAAGGUAUGUCUGUGGCCCUUCAAGUUGAAAAAACAUCUAAACGAGGCGGCAGGAUAAUUCACGAGAAGGAAUUUAUAACGCCCCUCUCGGCUGCUUCAAGUCCACCACCACAAUCUGCCGAACCCAGUAUCACAGAAAUAAUGAAGUCUCCCAGCAAAGUUGUCAUCUUACGAAACAUGGUAGGACCGGGUGAUGUAGAUUCUGAAUUGGAGCCUGAGGUGAAAGAUGAAUGCAACACAAAAUAUGGUGACGUUGUGACGGUUGUCAUUCAUGAAGUACCAGAUACAAAUCCGGAAGAAGCUGUACGGAUAUUUGUGGAGUUUAAAAGAAUUGAAAGCGCCAUCAAGGCUGUUGUCGAUCUCAAUGGCAGAUUCUUCGGUGGACGACAAGUUAAGGCAGGAUUUUAUGAUUUUGAGAAAUUUCAGAAUCUUCAACUUCUUGGAUAAGAAUGCAGGAAAAAUUCUGAUUGAAUAAUUUUUUGUAUAUUAUAUUUUUUUAAAGUAAUUGCACCGAAAACAUGAGUAUAGUCUUAUUGCAGAAAAAAAACUGUAUCUAACGUUUGUAAGCAUACCUAGCAGUUACACAUACCUACUUACACUGUGUUUGUAUUAACUUGAAUACAAAUAAAAAUUUAAAAAAAAAAGUUUUUUGCUCAGUAAAAUUUUAAGCUUUAUUUUGUAGUAUUGUAAUAUCAUUUAAUUUCUGAUUUUAAACGAUAAUCUACAACCGCUACAUAAUUUUAAUUAGGAAAAUUAAUACUAUCUUUUUAAAUAUUGUUGGUAUUUCAUAUAUCUGAGAUAUACAUAAAAUAUAUAUAAAUUGAAGAAGAAAAUACAUUAAAAAGUCUUGUAACGAAGAAAAUCACCGAAAUAUACCAUAAUAUUCUUUACCAAUUAAUAAACUAUAUAUGUACUACAUAAA